GGGGAGCAGUAGGAGAAGGAGGGAGGGGGCUCAACACUUUUACUUUUAUGUUUAUCAUAUUUCUAAGACAGUCUGCUCUGUUUUUUCCCCACAACCAUAAUCUAUAAAUCCUCUGGGUAAUGUUAAUACUUGCUCUGCAGAUUUUACCAGCUGACCAGUGAAUCUUGACUUCCUUUGGUUGGUUACAGAGAGGGAAAGGAAAUAAAUCCAUAGCAGGAAGAUGGAUUUUCCCGUGACAGUGAUGAGCUGAAAGAUGCGACAUGCUCUCUCGUUGGCCAUUGCUGAAUAGCUCUGGGCACUAAGCUCCGCUUGUUCAGAUAGCAUUAAUGUUACAACAGUGCAGAUAUGGGGGUCUUCAGAGUGCAGCCAUGCUAAAGCCAGUCACACAGGAACACGGUUUUUAUUUCUAGUAAAUGGUAUAACAAUAGUAAGAUAAAUGGGUCUUGGAUACUGUAUGAAGAUCAAGAUAUUAAAUACAAUUUGCAGGGGCUUUUAUGACUAGUGGAGAUAUGCUGUCUGCAAGCAGUGACAUGUUCCAGGCACUUUGUCACCAGAGAAACGAUGAGGAAGCAGUCGUGGACAGGGGAGGAACACGUUCUCUUCUCAAAACACACUUUGAAAAAGAAGAUUUGGAAGGCCAUCGAACAUUGUUUAUUGGAGUUCAUGUGCCUCUUGGGAGUAGAAAAAGUCAUCGUCGUCACAGUCACAGACAUCGUGGACACAAACACAGAAAAAGAGAUAGGGAACGGGACUCAGGUUUAGAAGAUGGACGAGAAUCCCCUACAUAUGACACGCCAUCCCAAAGGGUCCAGUUUAUACUUGGAACAGAAGAUGAUGAUGAAGAACACAUUCCUCAUGAUUUAUUCACAGAGUUGGAUGAAAUUUGCCUCCGUGAAGGGGAUGAUGCUGAAUGGCGAGAAAUGGCUAGAUGGCUGAAGUUUGAAGAAGAUGUUGAAGAUGGUGGAGAGAGAUGGAGUAAGCCCUAUGUUGCCACAUUGUCACUGCACAGCCUGUUUGAGCUGAGAAGUUGUAUUCUACAUGGUACAGUUCUGCUGGAUAUGAGGGCCAACACAUUAGAAGAAAUUGCAGAUAUGAUUCUGGACCAGCAAGUAUCUUCUGGGCAGCUAAGUGAAGACAUCCGCCACAGAGUUCAUGAAGCACUACUCAAACACCAUCAUCAUCAAAACCAAAAGAAGUUAAGUAACAGGAUCCCAAUUGUGCGCUCAUUUGCCGACAUUGGAAAGAAACAGUCAGAGCCUCAUUCCAUGGACAAAAAUGCAGGUCAACUUGUGUCACCGCAGUCUGCGCCCUCUUGCAUAGAACAUAAGAAUGAUGUCAGUCGGGAGAACAGCACUCUUGAUGUUACAAAGUUCGACUUGCAUUUCAUGAAGAAGAUCCCACCUGGAGCAGAAGCUUCAAAUAUCCUAGUUGGUGAACUGGAAUUUUUAGAUCGCGCAGUAGUUGCCUUCGUCAGACUUUCUCCUGCAGUCCUGCUCUCUGGGCUUACAGAGGUCCCCAUUCCAUCAAGGUUUCUGUUCAUACUUCUGGGACCACUUGGAAAGGGGCAGCAGUAUCAUGAAAUUGGACGAUCUAUUGCCACAUUAAUGACAGAUGAGGUAUUUCAUGAUGUUGCAUACAAGGCUAAGGAUCGUAACGACUUGGUCUCUGGGAUAGAUGAAUUUCUUGACCAAGUUACUGUGCUUCCUCCAGGAGAGUGGGACCCAUCCAUACGCAUAGAACCACCAAAAAAUGUCCCAUCACAGGAGAAACGUAAAACUCCAGGGGUGCCGAAUGGAACAGCAGCAUUAGGAGAGAUGGAAGAACAUGAGGGCCACAGUGGCCCUGAGCUUCAAAGAACUGGAAGGUUGUUUGGGGGACUGGUCAUGGAUAUCAAGAGGAAAGCCCCCUUCUUCUGGAGUGACUUCAGAGAUGCUUUUAGCUUGCAGUGUUUAGCCUCAUUUCUGUUCCUCUACUGUGCAUGCAUGUCUCCUGUUAUCACAUUUGGUGGUCUUCUCGGAGAGGCAACAGAAGGUCGUAUAAGUGCAAUAGAAUCUCUGUUUGGAGCCUCAAUGACAGGGAUUGCGUUUUCCCUGUUUGGUGGACAACCUCUAACCAUUUUGGGGAGCACGGGACCAGUCCUGGUGUUUGAAAAGAUAUUAUAUAAAUUUUGCAAGGAGUAUGGACUGUCGUACCUCUCUUUAAGAGCCAGCAUAGGCCUAUGGACGGCCUUUAUGUGCAUUGUCCUGGUUGCCACUGAUGCAAGUUCCCUGGUGUGUUACAUUACACGAUUUACUGAGGAAGCAUUUGCGUCUCUUAUCUGCAUCAUUUUCAUUUACGAGGCCUUAGAGAAGCUGUUUCAACUAGGUGAGAAACAUCCAAUCAACAUGAAUAAUAAUUUGGAACUUCUAACACAGUAUUCGUGCAGUUGUACAGAACCUAUUAACCCUGGUAAUGAAACUUUGAAAUAUUGGGAGAAAACUAAUAUAACUGUAUCGGAGAUAACCUGGAGUAACCUGACGGUAGACGCAUGCAAGGAAUAUAAAGGUGUUUUUGUGGGCAGUGCCUGUGGACAUGAAGGCCCGUACGUUCCUGAUGUUCUGUUCUGGUCUAUUAUCUUAUUCUUUUCAACUGUCACAUUGUCAUCAACCCUGAAACAAUUCAAGACUAGCCGUUAUUUUCCAACUAAGGUUCGUUCAAUCAUUAGUGACUUUGCUGUGUUCCUUACUAUAAUGUCUAUGGUUCUAUUAGAUUAUUGUAUUGGAAUCCCGUCUCCAAAGCUUCAGGUUCCAAGUGAUUUUAAGCCUACCAGAGAUGAUCGUGGCUGGAUUGUUAGUCCGUUGGGACCAAACCCAUGGUGGACAGUGCUUGCUGCUAUCAUUCCUUCCCUGCUGUGUACCAUUCUGAUCUUUAUGGAUCAGCAAAUCACAGCUGUUAUUAUUAAUAGGAAAGAACACAAAUUAAAGAAAGGCUGUGGCUACCAUCUCGAUCUGCUCAUGGUUGGACUUAUGCUUGGUGUAUGCUCUGUGAUGGGCCUUCCGUGGUUUGUGGCUGCCACUGUCCUCUCUAUCACCCAUGUAAACAGUCUCAAACUGGAGUCUGAGUGUUCUGCUCCAGGAGAACAGCCAAAAUUUCUAGGAAUCCGUGAACAACGGGUUACAGGACUCAUGAUAUUUGUUCUUAUGGGGUCAUCUGUCUUUAUGACAAGGGUUCUUCAGUUUAUUCCUAUGCCAGUUCUUUAUGGAGUUUUUCUCUACAUGGGUGCCUCAUCAUUAAAGGGAAUUCAGUUCUAUGAUCGGUUAAUGUUGUUCUGGAUGCCACCCAAACAUCAGCCAGACUUCAUCUACCUGAGACACGUUCCUUUGCGGAAGGUCCACCUCUUCACCAUCCUUCAGCUGAGCUGCCUAGUGCUGCUAUGGGUCAUCAAAGCCUCCCGGGCAGCCAUUGUAUUUCCAAUGAUGGUUUUAGCCUUGGUGUUUGUAAGAAAAUUAAUGGACUUUUUCUUCACAAAACGGGAUCUGAGCUGGUUAGAUGAUUUAAUGCCUGAAAGUAAGAAAAAGAAGUUGGAAGAUGCUGAAAAAGAGGAAGAGCAAAGCAUGCUAGUAUUGGAAGAUGAAGGAACAGUUCAAUUACCAAUGGAAGGAAAUUGCAGAGAGGACCCAUCAGUAAUAAACAUUUCUGAUGAAAUGGCCAAAACUGCUGUGUGGAAGACUCUGCUAAUAACCUCAGAAAAUGCAAAGACUAAGGAAUCCAACGUUUCUUCUAAAAGCUCCCCCUCCUAAUCACUGUAGAAGCUGAUCCCUAAAGCUCUGAAUGCAAGACAGAGAAGAAAGUUGCCUCAGGGAAAGGUAUCGACAGGGAGACAUGUCUCUGACUUGCUCUUCAAUCUAUUUUUACAAGCAGAUGAAAAGAAUAUACUGUACUCAUUGCUCUAUGUGGGUUAUUUACACUGCAAAGCAUUACAUCCGUUAGCAGCAGUGCAAUAUAUAGCAGUGCAAUAUUUUUUUAACAAAAGUAUUAGCUCAUUUGCUGUCAGAGGACUCGGAAAUUAUAGCCUGUCUGACAGAGGGGGAUUUCAUUACUGUUAUUUUAUUUGAACAAACUACUGUAUGGAUUUCAUAGGUACUAAUUUGUACUGUGGUUUGUUCACUAUGUUCACAUAUUGUACAUUGUUUAUCAUCGUCCAUAUCAAAACCAGUUGCUGUUACCAUAUUGUCCUCAUUGCCUACACACAGUGGGGGUACCACGGGGCACUAAAAACACUUCAUUAGUGAUACUGGGCCAAAUAUAAUGACGUCUGUGUUGGGUGGAUGUAGGGUUCCAGGCUAAACUCUGAAAUUUUGUAAAGCGGCAAUCAUUUACAAGGCAUAGUUUUGCCAUGUAAAUGAUUGCCGCUUUAAAAAACCGUCCGAGUUCGGUUGGGAUCCCGCAUCUCCGGCCACCUUGGACGCCAUUACAGCCAGCCCAUUGUGUCACUCAUUCAGGGGCAAAUGUAUUGAAGCGCAAUUUGUAAAAAUAUUUUUAAUGUAUAACCUAAUGUUUUGGGUUGGAACAUACACAUUAUUUUCAUCCAUACACACUGGGUUUUCCAUUGCGUUUUGCAACUACAACCUUUGCCACAGCAAGAAUCUCAGAAAAUCAGCAAUUUUGACAUAUUGAUCUUCAAUAAUCUCCCCCCUCAGUGUUUCAAUAAACUCCUGCUGAGUGUUUUCAAUGUCCCCUAAACAUUUUUGCCAUAUUCAGCUGCCAAUGUUCAACUAAUGGUAGCUCAGACGUGAGGAUAGGGAAUGGUUAUUAUUUAAAUAUAAUAAACAAAAUAAAUUGCCUGGUAGGUCUGAAGAGAUUAUUCCAUUUUGGGUGUUUAACCUGAUAAUAUAAUAAUGAUUCACCAGUUAUUUAGCAAAUUGUAGGUGAUCUUAACAUGACAUAACAAAAUAUCAUCCUAUCAGUUCACUCAUCUUUCUCUUCUCUUCUCUUCUCUUCUCUUCUCUUCUCUCAUCUCAUCUGUACCUAUCAACUUUGAAAGACAUAUUUAUUAAAGGGGAACUUUCACAAUAUAAUUGUUAGAAUAGUUGUGUAAAAUUGAUUAAGCUUUGCAAUUUAUUUAUUUAGAAAAUUAUGUAUAGUUUUGAUUACAAUUAAUAUUAUGUUGUUUGUUUUGUAUGUUGGAAAAACAAUUUGAAUAACCCAGAUUUAGGCAUGUGGCCUUACUGUUCCCCCAUCAGCCACUGGUCUAUCUACUGUAUGUAAUGAAGAUAUGAAGGUUGCUGUGACAACUCUCCUACCUGUGUUAGUAACAUGGUAAAUAUACGGUGAUACCCCAAUAUAAUUUUUUGUAAGAAACCAGAAAAAUUUGGUGGAAAAUAUGAAUAAAAUAUGAGACAAUUUAUAGUUCAACACUGAUUUAUUUUGUUAAACUGGUUCUCAUGGAGGACUUUCUAUGAAAUAAAAACAUUUGUGAAUUAAAUUCAAUUUUGUAACUUCCGUAAAACACAUCAUUUGUUAUAAUCUGAGCAGUCCUCUGUACAGUAUGCAUAGCAUAUCGGUAAUACUGCAUCGCUAAUUCAUGUACUACUAUCCUAUACACUUUCGUAAUACACAGCAAGAAAACACACAUACUGCAGAAUCACAGCAGGAAUAUGUUUUAUUCUGAAAAGUUAUGUGAUGUAAAAUACCUAAAAAUUUACUGUAAAAUAAAGAAUGUGGGCUUAUUGCAAUGCAUUAGAGAAUGAGGAGACUGUGAUAAAAGAACAAGAUCUGGUGUACAGAGGAUGUAAACUAGAGGGCUGACUAUACAGUAUUUUCUAGAAUUCUACAUAACGCUGACAAAAUACUAAUCUGUAGCUCUCACACAAUUCGGCUUCUAUGCUAAAACAAUGCACCAUAGUUGACAAAUUAUCUUGUACAUUGUGCACAGUGGGAAUUUGAAAGAGACACAAGCAGGAGCGGAAUAAUGUAUCACCUGUCCUAUAAUAAAGUUAUGGUAGGGGCGCAAUGAUUCCACUGUAGCUUCCUGGGCGUCAGAAAUGAGCAGAGAAAGGCUUCUUCUGAGCAUCCAUGCUCUGGGACCAGCAUAUGUGCUUAUGGUGUAUUUGCCCCUCAGGAGAGACCUCUGCUCUGCUUUUGUGUGUUUCCAGCUGGGGUAUAUUGUUUAAUGCCAUAAAACAGGAUUAGUGAAAGACAGGCAGUGCACCACAUUUAUCUCUAGCAGUGCUUAUUCUUGUUGCUCAUGUAUAUACAUAAAUGUACCCAUUCAUAUGGGAAUAAUACAUUUGCUGUAUAAAAUAGGCACAGAUUCCAGGAUUUCUCAUGCUUUCCCCCUUUACACAUUCAAGGAACAGAUUUCCAGGUAUAUUUUAGUAGAUUACAUUUAAUGAGUUUAUUUACUAGUCUAUUGGCAAAAAGUGGAAUUACAUCCUAUUUAAUACAGCCUUACCUGGUGCAACUUUCUGAUACAGAACAGCAAUCAGCAAAGUUUGCUUACAAUGCUAGUAAUCCAACUUGUGUUCCAGGUGUUUUGGCCUAGGUGAAUCCAUAAGAAAUAUUUAGUGUUUUUUCCCCAGUAGAAAGACCAGGGAGUUGGGUAGUCUAGUGAGGCCAAUAAGAUUGGGAAUUUCUUUAUUUCACAAGCUAACAGUCUGUUGUGUAAAUUUAGCCCCUGUAUAAUUACAGUUUACCCAGUCCAAGAAAGUACUCAACCUUAUCCAGUUUUCAACACAGAGCAGUCUAGUCUUUACCAGUCCGUCUUUGGGGAAGAUGUUUCAAGCCUUGGAGAGAGCUAAAGUGUAGAAAUGGCCCAAUUCAGUCACUAAGCUUCUGUCAUUUAUCUAGCAUAGUUCUAGAAAUAAAAGUUAGAAGCUGCAUGGAUGCUUUGGGACACUUCUCCACUUUAUCUACCUCCAAGGCUUGAUACAGUACAUCCCGCCCUCUGUAUGGCCAGACAGCAUUCCUGGAUUUGAGAACUAGUGAGCUAGUGAGAGCCCAGAACUGAAGAAUUGGUUGGAACUCUGAUUAGUAGCUAGGGGGGUCCAUCAAGGCGGGAAGAGUCCUAGAGAGUGUACAGUACACUGAGGGACUAUAAGCACUUAGGGGUAAAUAUAAUAGGGUCCAAGUUGACGGAUGUCCAGGAUUUCAUCUGAGAAUAGCUGUAUUUUUAAAGCGGCAAUCAUUUACAAGGCAAACCCAGGUUGGUUUUGCCUUGUAAAUGAUGGCCGCUUUAAAAAUAUGGCAAUUCUUGGAUGAAAUCCUGAAACUCUGGCAGCUUUGAUGCUAUUACAUUUAACCCUAGACUUUAGUCGGUUGGGUUCCUGCUCUGAUGGCCUUUUGGCUCCAGUCCUUUACUGUAUUUGCUUGGCAUACUUUGUUUUCUGCGACUAGAAAUAAUAGUAACUUGUCCACCACCCCAUUGGAUCAGGAAAGACCUAUAGUUUGAGCCAUCAACAAAGAUAAACUUGUCAGCAUCCCUGGUUAUUGGUGAUGUACGUUUUACCUGUGUUUGUGUAUUGUACCAGUUAUACUAGUGUAUUGUGUUGUAUAUUCCACCAGGAGCCUGGUUGGCUAAAUAAAAACAUUUUUAUUUCUCCAGUAA